AAAUUUCAUGAAAUAAAUUUUUCUUUUGUUUUCCUUAAAGCACCUGCGCAUGUGUCUUCCACUAAAAGAGACCUAUUGUGUUUUCCAGCUACCGUCUUCCAUGGAAAAGAAAGGGACAAAGGCGAAAGAGACGAAUUGACAUUCAUUGUGAAAACGAUAAAGCUAGUUUUUACAUUAGAGAAUAUAUGUUAAAGUAUAACAUUUGUCAAUAUAAUGGAAGUUUGUGAAACUCAAGUUGACAACCAGGACACUACACCUGCCCCCAUGAAGGAAGACAACAUUGAUGAUAACUCAGAAGGGAAAACAACAUUUUAUGUUCUGGUGAUCAUCUUAGAAUUUCUUGGUUUGUUGUGUAUGGUUUUAGUACUGGUUUGGACAGUAAAAUAUUUAGGCGGUUUGGAGUGGGACACAACAAGCACACAUUUGUUCAACUAUCACCCUUUAUUUAUGGUGCUUGGACUGGUGGUAAUGUUUGGAAAUUCUGCUGUUAUAUACCGUGUUUUACGCUUCACCAAUAAAUUCACUGUUAAAAUAAUCCAUGGUGUGCUUCAUGUAGCUGCAUUCAUUUUUUCUGUCUUGGGGUUGUAUGCUGUGUUUACUUUCCAUAACAAUUCCAAUAUACCUAACAUGUACAGUUUACAUAGCUGGUUUGGUAUUGGAACUGUUGUUCUUUUUUCUUGCCAGCUUGUAGUUGGUUGUCUUGGUUUCUUGUAUCCGAAAUUUAAUGACGAAAACAGACGGUUGUACCUGAAGAUACAUGUUUAUUUUGGUGGGAUUAUCUUAGUGCUAGCAGUUGUGUCUUGCAUAUCAGGAAUUACCGAAAAAAUGCUGUUUAUGAAAAAAGUAUUCAACUACAGUGAUUUUCCAGCUGCUGCUAACGUGGGAAACGCCCUUGGUGUGUGUAUUGGUUUGUUUGCUAUGCUGGUAGCCUACAUCCUCUACAAUCCGUCUUACAAAAGAGUUGAAAAAUAUCAACACUUAAAUUAAGAAUAUUGUAACGAGUAAUCAAGAAAUAUUUGCGUAACUCUAUUCAGGCUUAGAGCGGGGGCCCAAACAGCCUCUCCCCUUACCUUCUUUCGUCUUACCCAUUUUUGUAAUAACUUCUAAAACAUGUUCUUUUAAGGGUUGAAAUUUCAUUUCUUGAAGGUUGGUGUGAAGUAAAUAUGGUUUCUUACUUUGGAGUAGACACAGCUAUUUUUUUGAGCUCAAAGAAACGGGGUUAGUUAAUUCUGCUAAUGUGAUUUACGGGUAUAUGCUUAUUGGGUUGUUUUUUGUUUUGGUGUUAUUUGCUUGUAUUUGGCUAAAAGGGAUUCACACUCAAGAAUAUUUGUUGCGAAGAGGUAACGGAUUAACACAUUAUCUGUUUGAAUGUGUUUUUAAAGAAGAAAUGACUAUAAUGUUUUCUUAUGCCACACCUUUAAAUAAUUUUUAUUUUUUUUGUAGAUUGUUAUGUUUUGUUUCUUUUAUAUAUUUAUUAUAUUUUUUUUUUCAAACGUAUUACGUCUAAUAAAAUUUGCAAGCGGCAA